UGCCUAACAAGUCACGACUCACGUUUGGGUUUGAAUUGGGCCAACAAUUUCAAACAUUACCCAUUAGUGCUGCUUCAACUCGUAGUGGAGGGCUUAAUUUGCCGUCAAAUUUAGUUAAAUUUGUGUAUUUGACACUCGGCCGACGUCUGCGUGAGGUGUAAAUCGCCGCCUGAAUGCUCCGAAGUUAGCCGGUGGGAAGAUUUGAAGAUUACUGUACAUACAUUGAGUACACUUGCAAUGAAAGUUGGUGCAGUUCACUGCCAUUGCCCAAAAUGCUACUCCAUCCCGGUUCGGAAGAGGGUCCGCCUGCGCACGCCGAGCAUCACCUUGCUGAGUCUGCCCGAGGAGGUCCUCCUCUGUGUGCUCCAGUGCAUCUCCGCUGAGGACCUGCUGUCCGUCCGGGCUGUUCAUUCUCAGCUGCGUAACAUUGUGGACAACCACGCCAGUGUUUGGGCCAGGGCGAACUUCAGAGACACUUGGCCCUCCCCUAACAAUUUAUGGUUAUUUGAAAGAGCUGCUGAAAAGGGGAAUUUUGAGGCGGCUGUCAAGUUAGGGAUCGCUUAUUUGUACAAUGAAGGACCGCUGCUGAGCGACGAGGGCCACGCGGACGUUUGCGGCCGCAAAGCAUCGCACUUCUUAAGCCUCGCCGAGAGCCUGCGCUCCCCCGGCGCCGACCCCUUCAGCUGGCUGUUCAUCCGGCCGCCGUGGUCGCCCACCGGCAGCUGCUGCAAGGCGGUCGUCUUCGACCGCCUCAAGGCCGAGUGUGACCGCCACAAGGAGAGGAAGGGUCCCUUGUUGCAUUGCUUGGCGAGAGUGUUACAGCUGUUUGAGGAGGAGGAUAAACACGCCGAAGCCGUUUCCAUGUUGGAAGAGUCUUCGCGCUCGGGGUGUUUGCAGAGCUCCUACCUCAUAUGGGAGCACAACCGUAAAGCUGCUAUGUCAGAUCCAGGCAGGUACCUCCAAUGUGUUCGAACCCUCAGGGACUACGCUGCAAGAGGAUGCUGGGAGGCACAGGUCUCCCUCGCCAAAGUUUGCAGCAGCGGCAACCCGCUGGGUUUGGAGGCGAAAGCCUGCGCCGACUUGGUGUCCCAACUUUUUAGGAACAACCAGCAGGCAGACCAACGCGGCAACCGCAAUGUCCUCAAACGAGGCAUCAAGGACACCAUGAGGUACAUUCUGGUGGACUGGCUGGUGGAGGUGACCACCAUGAAGGACUUCUCUAGCCUAACACUGCACGUGACCGUGGGCUGCGUGGACCGCUACUUGGCGCUGUGCUCCGUCCCCAAGGUCCGCCUUCAGCUCCUGGGGAUCGCCUGCAUGGUGGUCUGCACGCGCUACAUGAGUAAGGAUAUUCUCACCAUAAGAGAAGCCGUGUGGCUCACAGACAACACAUACAAGUAUGAAGACCUGGUCCGAAUGAUGGGAGAGGUUGUCUCCGUGCUGGAGGGGCAAGUCAGGAGCCCCACUCUGCUGGACUACGGCGAGGUGCUGCUCUCCCUCCUCCCCCUGGAGCGACGGACCACUCACCUCUUCAGCUACAUCUGCGAGCUGUCCCUGCUCUACUCGGCCCUGGCCACGUCGCCGCCCCCCGCGCUGGCCUGCGCCGCGCUGCUGCUCACGAGAGCGCUGCAUCACUACGCUCCCGUCUGGCCUGCUCUGUUGGUGGACUACACGGGCUUCUCCAAGCAAGACCUCACCCAUCUUGCCGUGCUGCUUUAUGUCAAGUGUUUCAGUCAAGAUUCUCCCACGGACUACAGACACGUGUCUCUGACCGGCGUGAAGCAGCGCUUCGAAGACGACAUCUACCAGCACAUCAGCAGAGAGAAAGUGAUGGAUUACAAGGAGCUGUGUCACAUCCUUGAAAUUCCUGAAGUGGAGCCUCAGUUGGAGCCUCCCAGCCCCACCGGCCAACCGGCGGACAUCCAAGCGUUCCUCGCUUCGCCUUCCGGCACCAGUAAACGGAGGCGCGAUGACGGCAUGCAGGAGGACAGAGGCAGCCGGGUGACCACGCCCACCGCGGAGCUGUCCAAUCAGGAGCAAACGCUGCUGGGCGACAUCCUGGACUGGAGCCUGGGCGCGUCCUCCUCCGGUUACGAGGGCGACCAAGAGGAGAGCGAGGGGGAGAAAGACGGAGAUUUUUCGACGCUCUCCGUCAAAAUGGAGGCUGAAACAGGCGAAGGGACGCGAGAGAACUGCCGGGCGCUUUCCAGCGACGAAGAAAGCUUCAGCGAGGACAAAAGAAACCUCGCGCUGCGCCCCAAAGAGCGAGACGGACUUCUUUUCUCCGUGGACGACCGCAGUUCAGGCUACUCGUCGGUGCAGAGCGUCAGCCCGUCUUUGUCGUCGUCGUCGUCCUUUUUGCUGGUCCCGUGCGUGGCGAUGACUUUUCCCGCCUCCCCCAACGUCGCCGCCUCCGCCCCGUCCCAGCCGGGCUUCCGCCUUUUGGCCCCCACGCCGAGUCCCCGGGUCCACUCCACCAAGCAGGUCAAGCGGAAGAACUCCGCGGCGCACAGCAGAGUUGAGGUGGGGAGAGGAGACGACGAGGACGAUGAGCAGUUUUCCGCCGACGUGGGCCUCCGGAUUCUGUGAUGGUCAGUUGUCAUCCGGCGCUUUUUUUCCCCCCUCGUCGCCGGCGGAGGGGGCGAAAUUAGUUACACCACUGCCAAAAAGUAACAGAUGUUCAGCUUUGGUCGAAGCUUCGGGAUGAGCCUAAAAAGUGUUGUUGAACUGUUAAUUUGAUCCCCUCUAAAGUUUUGAACGCGUUCCCGAUUUGAGUCAUUUUUUGCACAACUGAUCGUUCUUUUAAAAAGGAGCAAAAUUCCCAACAGGAAAUGUCGUCGGCGUGUUGCAACAAAGUUACAGUCAGACGGGAAGAGUCAUAGAAGUGGACCUCCUUGGAAAUCGAAAGACCUGUUGUCAAUUUUGUCAUUCUGCUUCUUCUGUUUUUUUUUUAAGGCAAAGGUACUGAAUUCGGACGCGCGCGCCAGAAAGCGCAGCUGCCGUCGAACGUGUGCAGUCAAAAGUUGUAAAAGGUUGCGCCGCGUUUGAAGUUCUUGAAAUUUCACCCAAACGUUUUGCGAGGAUGGCAAAAAUCCAAACAAUCGCCAUUUGGACCAAAGAUGUUGGUAUCUAGGCGGAGGGAAAAGUUAAAAAAAAAAAAAAAAUCAUAAUCAUAUUUGCGGCGGAAGUCGCAGAGGAACUUAUGGCAUAGCAACAUUGAAUAUAUUGAUAAGAAGGGAAAACCAAUAGACCCAAUCUCACUCCGCGUGAAACGUGGAAAGAAAUACCGUAUCUGGAUAUGGGGAAAAAAUAUGUUUACCAUAAAAAUAGUCUCAAACUGUUCUAUUUACAUGUACAGCGGUAACAUUACACGGGAGAUAUACAAGCAGAUGCUCGGUUUGGGAUGAAGUUCUCGUCUUACAUGUGAAAGUUGGGAUGCCACAGUCUUAUUAACCUAUGCUAAUGCUGUAGCAAAGUCAUAAUUUCAGUAAAUAUUUGUAUGGGGGGAAAAAAAAGGUAGGCCAUAAAUGUAAAUUAAUUGAAUGGAAAAAAAAAACAAAAACAAUAUGGUGGUAACUGUGUUUUCUUCCUCCGUUUGGUGUUUUUAACGUUCACAACAAACAGAAGAGAAUCUUGUCGGUAUUUGAUAUUUGUCACGCAAACAUUCAACAUAAAGCGGUUUUCAUUCAUCUAUCAAAUUUCUGAGCCGCUUAUCCUCACAGGGGUCACACGAGAGCUGGAGCCUAUCCCGGCUGUCAUCGGGCAGGAGGCGGGGCACAGCCUGAAACGGUUACCAGCCAAUCGCGGGGCACAUAGAAACGAGCAAGAGGUGCGUUUGCAAUCACACCUUGGGGCAAUUUAGGGUCUCCAAUUAAUGCAUGUUUUGGGGAUGUUGGAGGAAACUGGAGAGCCUGGAGAAAACUCACCUAGGCACAGGCAGCACAUGCUAAUUCCACACAAGGGGAGGCCGGGAUUUGAACCCCGGUCCUCAGAACUGUGAGGCAAAACACCCCACAGCUGCUCCACUGUGCUGCAUAAAGCGGUUGAAUUUUUUUAAUUUUAUUUUAUUUUUUAUACUAUUGCUACCAACACUGAACGUAGCCUCUUGAUGGCGCCGAUUACCACACAGUACAGUACAUUCAUUUUUUUUUUUUUUUUUUUUUGUUUACAUGGAAGAAGAAAAAUCAAUAUUUUUUCUUCUAUUUUGGAGCCACUGGCUUUUUCUCAGGACCAUUUAUUGUUUUGUUUUCAUUUUUUUUUUUAACAAUAACCUCAUUGAGUGGUUGCUAACUGUGAGGAAACCAUAACUCAAAAAGAUUUUUAUGGCUUUUUUUUUUUUUUUUUUUUUUUAAUGCACUGUUCUCACAAGCGCGUCUCAUAUUUGCCAAACGUGAACGUGCCGCGUGCCAAAACUACCUUGUUACCGAUUUAUGUUUAAAAACUGUGAAUCUUGACGCGUGCCCUUCCGUAAUCAUCGCAGCACGCUUGAAAAGACGCAGGGCAACAUACAAAAUAUUAUUUAUUUUUCCACUGUUUUGUUUUUUUUCUUGCAAGUCAUACGUGUUGCCUGUCGGAAGUCUGGCACUUAUGUUUUGAAUAUCAUGUCGUUGGAAACUGAUUACGCAUCACUUUCACGUGGCUUCCUCGGCCCUGGGGAAAAAAUAGACUGACUAAUAAUGUUCACAUGAUAAUAUCGGUAAUUGGACUGGUUCUCUCCUGUGU